AGUCAAAGCGAAAAAAUGUGGAGAAUUAUAUGUAUAAUUAUGUUAUUUAAUAUAUCAAUGCUUAAGUGUGACGAGAACUAUGUAAAAGAAUUUGAAAAACUCGGAAAUUUAACAAUAAAAUAUGGUAAUACAACGGAAAUACGUUUUCAAAUGAAGGAUCCUAGCAACAAGUUGCUGCAAACUCAACUGGAAUCCUUGCAAGAGGGAAUUGCUGAGCUUAACGCCAAAAUUGACAGAUUGACGUUGACCAGCUUGGAGUCAACUCAUUUCCCGAGCAGCUGUACGGAGGCCACAGCUCUGAGUCGUCGCUCUGGAGUCUAUCAGAUCCUUCUUCCCGAUUACAGUGUGCAUCCAUUCCUAGUCAGUUGCGAUGAGGACUCUCAUGGCGGAGGAUGGACGAUUGUGUUGCGUCGGGAGGAUGGAAGUGUAAAUUUCUAUCGCUACUGGAACGAUUACAAGAAUGGAUUUGGAAACGUGAAUAGCGAGUUCUUUAUAGGUCUGGAUACAUUGCAUAUGAUGACCAAAAGACGGGAUCAAGAGCUACUCUUCGUCAUGGAAAACUCCAAGGGGGUAACAAAAUUUGCAAAAUAUGAUCUAUUUGCGAUUGGUAGCGAGAAAGAGUUUUAUGAUCUGCACACAUUGGGCGAUUUCUCUGGAGAUGCCGGCGACUCAUUCACUGGACAAUCGAGCUUUAAGUUUACGUCGCGCGAUCAAGAUAACGAUGUAUAUCCAACUGGAAAUUGCGCUCAGCUUUAUAAGGGCGGCUGGUGGUAUAACAAGUGUCAUGGCAGCAAUCUAAUGGGUGUGUAUAACGAGACAGCAUAUGGAACGGGAAUUAAUUGGAACACAUUUAACGGUCUGAACGACUCAUUGAAAAGCGUCAAAGUGAUGAUAAGACAGAGAAGAUAUUAAGAGCACAGAAUCACUUAAAAUAAAAUUAUUGCCAUAAUAAUAACAUUUAUUUAAAUAAACUACUGCAGGUAAACUAAGAGAAGAA